AUGUCGCCGUCUUGGACGCCCUUCCUCUUGGCCGUGUCGUCUGGCACAGCGUCGAUAUGCGCAGCCAAGGCAGUGCCCAACAGCAAUGCUCUCGCAAGCGAUGGCUCCUCUGUCCAGCUCUUCUCGGCCUCGCAGGUCGCAUCGCUGUCCAGCGGCUGCGCCAGCGCCAUGACCAGCCCUCUGUCCUGCUCCGGCCUCUUGAUCAGCCCGCUCGCGCUGUAUACCCUCAACACCCUGACGGAGGCAAACCUCACAACUCUUUGUAUCCCCGAAUGCACAAAGUCCAUCGCCAGCUACCGCGAGAAUGUCUUGGGCGCUUGCGCCAACGACGUCAGCUCCAGCACGCCCUCCAACGGCUCUGUGGCCAUCCCUGGAACGGGGCUCUACGAUGACAUCUACAACAUCCAGGGGGGCUCUGUAAGACCAGUACACUUGGCCGACUAUUUCCUGCUCAACUACAAGAUCAAUUGCCUGCAAGACGAUUCGGAUCCAGCUCAGUGGUGUUAUCUGAAGGCUGGGGAGGAGAAUUUCUUCUCCACCAAUUCAAGCUGCGACACCUGUAGCCUGGGUGCAAUCAGAGCGAGAGUUGAGGGCUUUGACGAGUAUGCGCCCGAGCAAGCCAGUGCGUGGUCAUCGCACAUUACAACUGCGUGCAAGACCACGGCGGCGCCACUCUCUACGCCCAAGUACUCUGUCAUCCUUGCGGACAACAACACCAUCGUCUCGGGCUACAACCCGAGGCCCACGUCCUGCUCGGGAAUCAGCGUGCCCGUGGCCACAAACGCCAACUGCGAUGACUUCGCCAAGAGCCAUGGCAUUGGCACAGAGCAGCUCCUGGCCAUCAAUCAUCUACAGUCGGGCUGCGUCAAUUUCCCGGGCAACAAGACGUCGCUGUGCAUCCAAGGUUCGUGCCAGACUUACAAGGUGGCGGCCAAUGAUACGUGCGAGAGCAUCGCCGCCCAGUUCGGCCUCUGGCCGCUGCAAGUGCGCCUGUGGAAUCCGAUGCUCGACCCCCAGUGCCGAGAUCUGGCUCGCAUGGUCGGCCGAAUCCUCUGCAUCAGCAACCCAUCCGGCUACACGACGCCCUCCGUAUCGCUGCCGCCCGCCACCACCGUGAGCACGGCCGUGGUUUCGCCGCCCUCCGGGUCGUCGCAGGCCUUUUCCGAUCUUCCGACUGUCACUACCACUUGGACCAUGCCCCCGCUGCCGACGAGCAAUGCCACCAAGUACCCGCUUGCUAAUGGCUCGAUUGCCGGUUGCUUCAAGAUGUGGGACAAUCCCUACUAUGGCAUGUUGUGCGAUGCCGCCGCGGGUGUGCACGGUGCCGAUGUGGAUUCCUGGGUCGAGUGGAAUCCGAGCGUGUUGAAUGGCGGAAACUACUCAAUGUGGGACUGCGUGCUACAGCAGAAUACGUCGUAUUGCAGCCUCUUGUACGAUCCAGCGAACUCGACGGUGACCGGCUGGACAGAUCCCGCCUACGACUUCGUUCCGCCCCCUGAGGGUUCUACUCCGGGAGCCACGACUCGAUGUCUUGUGUGGUACACAACAGUGGAUGUAUUGCGUCCUAAGCCCCAGCAACGACACCCUGACGUCGGUGCCUCCGCCGUCGGCAACAUCGACCAGCAAAACGACGACAACGACAACAACCAGGGUAACGCCGCCAGGGCCCACGCAACCUGGAAUCGCAAAGAAUUGCAACAAGUAUGCCCUCGCCAAGUCGGGCCAGACUUGUGA